AUGCAGCCGGCCUUGCGCUAUGGCGAAAAACCAAUUGAAUUUCAGUUGGAAACUGAUGGGGAAUUUUAUUACCUUGCUUCCGAAGUUGGUCGGUAUCUGCGUCUUUUCCGUGGUGAACUCCUAAAACGCUAUCCCAACUUAUGGAAGCGUCUAAUCACUUCCGAAGAACGGGAUAAGCUCAUUGCUAUGGGUCUUGCGACGCCAGUUACAGCUCUCAACGCUGUCAUCCUGCGAGCUAUCGAAGUCGACGAGUUAAUCGGAGGCAGCGAGGAUCGUUUCAAGUCCUUCGAGCCUGGUCUCACUGGAUCCAUCGCUCCCAGCGCAAUUCGACCUAAUUUGGCUAGCUCGACGGCGUCCUCCCUCUCCGGCAGUGUCUUCGGUUCUACCGCCGCGACACCAUCGUCAACUACUCCUAUGGCAGUCACUGGCACAGCGACAAGUGCAGAGGGUUUUACUAGUUCCUCUGGCACCCCGCUUAAGCCGGGCGGUAGCGGCAGUAGUGGUGGUGGAGUAGGCGUCGGCGGUGUUGGUAGCAGCAGCGUCAGCGGAGGUGGAAGCGGCGGUAGCGGUUCGCGUAGUGCAGGUUCGGCUGCGGGUCGGUGGGUUAGUUCUGUGCCAAACACCUCCUUCCAUCUGGACUCAGUGCCCUGUCCUACACCAAUCGGUGCGGGAGCGAGUGCAACUCGGUCAAGACCAAAUAAGGUGAGCAGCAAAGUUUCCAACUUCCCAAUCUGUCUGGAUGACUCGGAUCCUGUGGCGUACCACGAGAACGCCCAGCAGCCGGAGCACCUAGUCCCCAUCCGAUUGGACAUUGAGUUCGAUGGGGUGAAGCUACGCGAUUGCUUUACGUGGAACCGUACAGAGCAGCUGAUCACUCCGGAGCAGUUUGCGGAGAUUCUCUGUGACGAUCUCGACCUCAAUCCGAUCUCCUUUGUGCCUGCUAUUGCUCAGGCCAUCCGACAACAGGUGGCGGCGCACCCAGUGGAGAAUAUCCUCUCCGGCCAGACAGACACUCGUGUGAUUGUGCGUCUGAAUAUCCACGUGGGCAACAUGUCGUUGGUGGAUCAGUUUGAGUGGGACCUUUCCGAACCCGCCAACUCGCCUGAGCAGUUCGCUACAAGACUCUGUGCUGAACUGGGUCUAGGUGGAGAAUUCGUCACCGCUGUCGCCUACAGCAUUCGAGGUCAACUGGCCUGGCACCAGAGACUCUACGCUUUUACUUUGGACACUUGGAAUUGUGUUUUUAGUGAAUCACCACUGCCGACAAUCGAUGUAGUGUUCCGCAGUCCCAAUGAAGCCGAUCAGUGGAGCCCGGCUGUUGAGGUGUUAACAGACGCCGAGAUGGAGAAGAAGAUCCGCGAUCAGGAUCGUAACACGCGACGUAUGCGACGUUUGGCCAACACGCAGCCCGGUUGGUGA